AUGGAGAUCACCGUGGAGGACUUUGAGCGAAUAUCCGCAAUCAAGAUGGCACUCACCAACUACAGUACCAACGCUAUCACAGCCAAGGACUCGAAGGCUCUCUACUUGUCUGCAGAGACCCUCUUAGCAGAAGAGGCUGCUGCUCGUGCGGCUUUACUGCCGCUACUGCCGCUGGAACUGAAGAAGUUCGCGAUGCCGUGGUUCGGCAAGACGUUGAAGGUUUCGCCACCUAGAGGUCAUUUCGGACCCAGCGGCACCAGGCAUACCGGUAACGCUAGAAAGCAUGCAUUCGGCAUACGGCUCGGCCUGGAGCUCCGACUCGCAACCGGCUAUGCGAUUAUGCCUUACGAAAUCAUCAACAUCCUCGAGCGGUUCUUAAGUGCAAAGCUCGAGCACUAA